GCCACGACCCACUCUCAUCACAUCACACUCCCUUCCCCUUCUGAGUCCUACUUCCCCACGCCUCCAACCUAACCAAACACGCCCUUGCAACGCGCUUUUCCCUCUCCCUCCCAAGUCCCAACCUCCUUCGCAAUGGAGCCCAAGCGACGCACCGUCCGCAGCCUCGUCUCGAAGCUCAGCUCCGUCUCCGAAGCAGCCCGCAUGGACGCCCUCUGCCAGCUCCGCCUCAUGUCGAAGCAAGACCCCGAAACCCGACCCAUCAUCGCCGAAGCAGGCGCAAUCCCCUACAUCGCAGAGACCCUCUACUCCUCCUCCCACCCCUCCCAAGAGAACGCCGCAGCCACACUCCUCAACCUCUCCAUAACCCAAAAGGAACCCCUCAUGGCGACACGUGGCGUCCUCGACGCCAUCGCGCACGUGAUCUCGCACCACAACACCACCUCCUCCCCCGCCGCCGUCCAGUCCGCAUCCGCCGCCAUUCACAGCCUCCUCUCCUCCGUGGACGAGUACCGCCCCCUCGUGGGGUCCAAGCGCGAGAUCGUCUACGCGCUCGUCGACAUCCUCCGCUGCCACGUGUCCUCCCCUCCGCGCACCAUCAAGGACGCGCUCAAGGCUCUCUUCGCCAUCGCCCUUCACCCGCUCAACCGCUCCACCAUGAUAAACCUCGGCGUCGUUCCCGCGCUUUUCUCCCUCCUCGUUAAGGACGGCAGGCUCGGCAUCGUCGAGGACGCCACCGCCGUCGUCGCGCAGGUCGCCGCCUCCCCCGACGCCGCCGACGCCUUCCGCAAGGCCUCCGCCCUCCGCGUCCUCGCCGACCUCCUCGACCUCUCCACCGCCGCCACCAUGCGCACCAAGGAGAACGCCGUCUCCGCGCUCCUCAAUUUGGUGCGCUGCGGCGGCGACAAGGUCGCCGCCGACGUCCGAGACGCCGUCGCGUUCGGCGCGCUCGACGGCGUCGCCGACGUCAGGGACGGCGGGAGCAGCAAGGGGAAGAGCAAGGCCGCCGAGCUGUUGAGGCUCUUGCUCGGUGAAAGCCAUGGCAAUGGCGAUGGCGAUGGCGAUGUUGCUUUGAAUAGCGACACGUGUUCUUCUUUUGGUUCCUCGCGGAAUCAUGAUUCGGAAUGAGUUUGAUUCUCUUGUGGUUGCCAAUUUUAUUAUUCUUUUUGUUCUUUGCUGGCUAAAAAUGGAUUCUCUGCAUUCACAUUUCCCUGAAUCAACAUAGGAUAGUUCACAUUUCAAGUUAUAUUCAUCGAGAUAACAUAUAAGCCUGUACAAUCUUCAUUCAAUGGUUCUGAUUAGUUGAAUGUGUGAGUGUGAAAGUUCCCUGAUUGCAGGUGAUCUUGCUCUUUGAAAUUCACACACACACAUUCAUGUAUUGUUGAAUUGGAACCCUUGGAGGAAGAUAGGACAGUUCACAUUUCAGAUACAUAGAACCUGUUCUUGGAUACUAGUUUAAUUGAGUUUUUGAGAGUUUUUCUACUGAAAAUAAAGUGUUUUUUUUUUUAGUAGGAAAGCUUUGAAAAACACUCUUUAACUUGUAUUCAAAGAGACACCUAUUGUGAAUUAUAUUUAUCGAGAUGAAAUAUAACUUGUGUAAUCUUCAUUCAAUGUUUCUGAUUAGCUCAAUGAGGGAAUUUCGUGUGAUUGUAAAUGCAGGGAAUUCUGGUCAAUUUAGGUUUAGACAAGCGGAUUUGUUGUACAAAUUAGGUGAUGAUUUAGUUGUUGUGAUUAUAUUCUAUUGAUUAUUAUGUUAUGAUAUGAGCAAUAUCAUGAUGUGUUGUACAUUCUUACAGUGUUGAUAGCUAGCAACAACUUUCAGGUUUUCUAUUC